UUCAAAGUACAACACUAUUCACCUACAAUCACAGGUUGGUUUGUCAUUACAUGCUGGUGUUCAUCGUGCUGAAGGUAAAUAGUCUACAUACACACUGCGUGUGUAACGUGACGGCUUCAUCCGAAUUAUGAAGUGAAAAGAACACCAUUCGUCUCUUCUGUCAACCUACAUUUGACUACGGAUGAUUCAGUGACGGAACAUGCACAGUCAAGUAAACACGCGUUCAUAGUUGAAGACUAGUUCCUGUCUCGACAACUCACCAUGGAGCCGGAUGUGAUGAGGGUGUCCGACACAUACAACAUGGAGCACGAGAGACGUGGUCUCGCCGUCAUCAUCACCAAUACCCAGGGAGGGGUGGAGAAGGAUGGGGAGAGUAUGACGGAUUGCUUAACGCAGCUGGGGUUCGAGGUGACGGUGUACUCAAAUCAGACGAUGAGGCAGAUGAAAGUCCUGAUGAGUAAAGUCGCCCAGUCCGACCACAGUACCUGUGACUGCUUCGUCUGUGUCAUACUCUCCGACGGCGGUAACGACAAUGUGAAGGCAACCGACGGCACUGUCACCAUCUCAUCAUUGGUGGCACCAUUCAAAGGUCAUAUCUGCAAAUCUCUGGCUGGAAAACCUAAAUUAUUUUUUAUACAGGCAAGUCGCGGCAGAGAACUUGACCAUGGUGUAAAUGUCACCAACGCCUUCAGCGUAGUUGGAGACGACGCAGAUGACGACUAUGACGAAGUUGACGGCGAGUCUGUGACGUACAAAAUUCCAGCCGGCGCCGACUUCCUCUUGGCGUAUUCCACAGUUGCAGGUUACCAGUCACCACGAAACACGAUAAAUGGAUCAUGCUACAUUAACGCCCUGUGUUGGGUCUUAAAGAAAUACAGCACGACCAUGGACCUUUUGAGAAUGCUGAUUCUGGUCAACAAAAUAGUGGCUCGACGAUUCCAAUCCCAGAUUGAUGGCCGUAGUACGAUUCCGGUGAAGCAGAUGCCAUCGUUUGUCUCCAUGCUGACCAAAGACCUUAUCUUCACUCCAAAGGAGGAAGUAGUCUGGGUUAGACGCGUUAUGGAACCUUCCUAAUAUUGGGCAGACAAUAGAUGAAUUGUUCAAAUAAUGAUACAAGCAUGAAACUUUACAUCAAUGUUUAUACACAUUGAUAGAAAAAUGUUAACCACCUGGAAAUCCAAUAUGGCUGCCAAAUUCCACGAUGGCCGUCAAUUGUCACUCAGAUUAUCUAUUUAUACAUAGAUUUUGGCAAUCCUAGUGUUGUUUCAAUGUUCAAUACCAUGCUGAGACUAAUUUUACUAUUUUGAAACCUCUCGGAUUGCUCUUCCCUUCAUUACAGUUAUUAAAAAAAAGACGUCCAAUGACUUGCAUUCAUAUGAAUUCCCAGUUUGUUUGGAAUUCUAUGUGUAUUAUUUACUGUAAAAAUAAAAGCGACAAAAACACUUCCACAAUGAUAAGAAACCCCGGUGAGUCCGGUGUAUGAUUCCGACGAUAUCAUGAGUUUGUGUUUAUCAAUUACUAUCAAAUUGUGAUGACACAAGGUGUUCGCGAAAUGGUGAGCGCAUCCUGCCCCACCAGUGGCACCCGUCACAAACACACACAAAGGCAAGUCAAUUGUUCAUCUAAAAACACCACAGGAACAUAUGGUACAAGUCAAACAAGAGAAUUGCACGGGAAAUAAUGUUUGUCAUUGAUAAACAUAAACCUUUUUGAGAGCUGUACUAAGACCUGAGUAGGAGUCGUGUGACGCUCUUUGAAAUAUUCGUUGAAAGAGCAUGCUCAAAAGUUGUGAAAUGUAGACACCAAUGCUGGAGCUGCGGGAAUAUUGCUCGACAUAAGGGGAAAGUUGGCUUUUGGAAAGUUGAGGUCAUCAUCACUCUUGUCUGGUGGAGAGUAUUUUGCCACUCUGAAUCUUUAUGCAUAGAUCUCACUAUGAAACAGACGUGGACGUCUCACUGGUAUGCUUUGUUUCUAGUUCAGGUGGGUAAAUCAGUGGAAGGGAAUAAGCUAUUUGAUGGCUAUAGGACGAUAUCAGAUGAUUGAUAUUCCUGAAGCUUAAAUUAAACUACUUGGCCAAA